CCGUCCCCGAAAAUAACCCCAGGGCAGGUGUGGAUCCCUAAGACUCGUCAGGGUCAGAGCCCAACCCCACACCCAAGGACCCAAGAUCCUCCUGUACGUCAGGGUCCCAUCCCCGUAGGUCCAGGCUAGUUCUCUGCGGCAAACCAUGGCCCAGAAACUUCACCUGCAGUGGUUGGAAUCCAUGUUGGAAACCGUUCCUGUGACAGAGUUAUGGUUGAAAAAGAGUGAUCGGGAGUAAAUGCCACUGAGUUAGGGGACAUCACGCCCCCCGCAGGCUGGGGGGCCUGCGAGGUCUCAGGUAUCCCUGUGAGGGGCUUCUCCCGGGGGCGUGCACCCAGGCCAUCGAGGCCAUCCUCCAAGGGGAGAGGAGCAAGAGACAGCGUCCCUGGAACCAUCCGGGCCUCGCCCAAUUGUGUCUGAAGCAGCAAGAACCUGGCCAAGAGGCCCAGGGAGGCGCUGCCUGGUAAGGCCAUACCACCACGAAGGCCUCGGCCUCUAUCUCUGAUCUGAGCCUCCUCAUGGCAGUUACCGAGGCUGCGCACAGUUCUGGGAGGAACCGGUUCCAUCACGCGGCUGCUUUCAGGCCUGACUGGCGCAUCAUCCCCUUCCCAGCUGACCCACAGGACAGGGUGUGACCCAGAUAGAGUGGCUAGCCUGGGCCCCUGGCCGUAGAGAGCCCCUGCUUAGGAGCCCCCAAUUCACGUAGAAGCAUCCAUGAUGCAAGGAUGCACAACGGAGCUUCUCGGGCUUGACCAGGCCUUUCCCCAAAUCUCCCUUCCCUGGUGAUCGGUAAUCAAAAGUAAAACUCCUUAGCAGAAAUGUUGCACCUAAUGUUACUAACCAUUGCAUCAGGGUGGACGCUACUACCUUUUUGAAAAGUCAACGCCCACAAGAUCUUCAAGACCCACAAGCCAUAUCAGCACAACACAAAUUAAAACCACAAUGAGACAUCAGUACAAGUUUAUCGGGCUUUCAAAAACAAACCCGUAACAACCUCAAAUGCUGACAGUGGUACAGAGAUAAGGCUGUCCACGCACUGUGGUGGAAAUGUUCUCAACUCACCCCUAACUCCACCUCCCAAGUGCCCAGACUGUGGACACAUACCAAUAGGCUGUCUUUGAAAAACAAAAACAGUAGGUGCCAUGUCGGGCGGCGAAGGUGGCAAAAAGAAGCCCUUGAAACAGCCCAAGAAGAAGGCCAAGGAGAUGGACAAGGAAGAUAAGGCUUUCAAGCAGAAACAGAAAGAGAAGCAGAAGAAACCCGAGGAGCUAAAAGCCCAGGCCGCGGGCAAGGGACCCCUGGCCACAGGUGGAAUUAAGAAAUCUGGCAAAAAGUAAGCUGUUCCUCAUAUCUGAGAUGAUGGUGACCCUCUUCCAUUCCUAUUUAAACAUCUGGAUUCCCUGCCAGAACAUCUUUGCCACCUACAGCUAGAAUGAAGUGUUUCCCUGGAGCCUGUUAAACAUCUGGAUUCCCUACUAUAAUAACAUCUUUGCCACCUAUAGUUAGAAUGAAGUGUUGCCCUGGAGCCUGUUGUACAUUGUAAUAAACUUUUGUAAAAAAAAAAAAAAAAAAAAAAAAAAAAAAAAAAAAAAAAAAUUAUAGGGGUUGGGGAUUUAGCUCAGUGGUAGAGCACUUGCCUAGCAAGCGCAAGGCCCUGGGUUCGGUCCUCAGCUCCGGCGGGGCAGAGGGGAGCCCAGAGAUGCCCACAGCCCUGUAUUGUUUGGCUUUAUCCUAGGAGCAUGUACCCUUUCACACACUUGACUUGAAAGAUUUCUAUGCAGCUAUAAAAGAUUAUUGCUCAAAGAAGAGACUGGGCUGUGGAAAAAAUUAUAAUAAUAAAUAAUCCAAUGGCUCAUUGUCUCUAGUGUUCAGCAAUUCCUACCUCAGCUGUGAAUUUAAAGUAAACUCAGUCCGAAAUCCUACCAGAGCUGUUUCAUCUUUGUUGUACUCUGAAUUCUGCGUCACUUUGAAUUA